CGGUGGAGGCGCGCGACGAGCGGAUGGCAGCAGUAGGUUUUCGGAGUGGACAUACCAGGCUUGAAUUGGUUAAGUGAAACUAUCAUGCAACAGUUACCACCGGACACCAUUCGACUUCUUUCAAGCUCUCAAACCAUUUCCUCUGUUGUUAGUGUAGUGAAGGAACUUGUGGAAAAUGCCUUGGAUGCUAAUGCAACAAGCAUCGAAGUCAAAUUAGAAAAUAGUGGGCUUGAUAGGAUAGAAGUACGGGACAAUGGUGAUGGAAUCAAAUCUGUUGACACACCUGUCAUGGGAGUCAAACACUACACAUCUAAGAUUAGUCAUCAUGAGGACUUGGAAGCCCUAGAAACAUAUGGAUUUCGUGGUGAAGCAUUGGGUUCUAUCUGUUCUGUGGCUGAGGUUGUUAUCACAACUAAAACGACUGCUGAUGAUGUGAGUACUCAGUAUACUUUGAACAAAGCGGGACACAUCAUUGCCCAGAAACCUUCUCACAUGGGCCAAGGAACAACUGUAACUGUGCUCAAACUUUUUAAGAAUAUUCCUGUAAGAAAGCAAUUUUACUCCACUGCCAAAAAAUGCAAAGAUGAGCUGAAAAAAGUUCAAGACCUCCUGAUGGCAUAUGGUAUAAUAAAACCAGACCUAAGAAUUAUUUUCACACAUAACAAGGCAGUUGUAUGGCAAAAGGCCAAGGUGUCGGAUCACAAAAUGGCCCUGUUAACAGUUCUAGGAACUGCUGUGAUGGUCAGCAUGGUACCUAUUCGACAUCAUGAGCAAGAACCUGAGAUUUUCCUUAGUGGUUUCCUGCCUAAGCCAGGUUCUAACCCCUCCUCAACAAGUCUUAUCAGUCCUGACAGAAGUUUCAUCUCUGUUAAUUCCAGACCUGUUCAUCAUAAGGAAAUAAUGAAGUUGGUUCGGCAGUACUACAGCUCUCAAUCCCAGAAGGAUUCUGCACAUAUGCGUUAUCCAAUUUUCUUCUUGAAUAUCUCUGUUCCGGCCUCAGUUGUCGAUGUUAAUUUAAAACCAGAUAAAACUCAAGUAAUGUUUCACAACAAGGAGGCCAUCUUGCUUGCCAUUGAGAAGGUAUUGAUUUCUGUUUAUGGUCAACUUGCUGGAAAUGGAACUGAUGAAUCAUCCUCUGAAUGUUUGAAAGAAACUGGACAUGUUCACAAUGGUGAGACAAAUCACUGUGGUCUAACACCAGAGAUAUCUCAAAUUUCAGACACAAUGUACACUUGUUCCAACAAAACCUCGUUUUCCAAUGACAUUUCUCCUGCAGCUGAUGAUAUAAAUGAGAAUUUUGACAACAGCAUUGCUCAGACUCAUUUCCAAGAAACACCUCUUCCGUCUGAGGAUAGAUCAUCAAUUUCUGACUCAGAAUUUGAUGUGAUGCUUUCACGGGAUGAUGAUGAUAUUGUUUUAAAGAAUCAUUCUCACAUAAAUAAUGCAGUACAUCCAGAAAUAGAUAAUGAUCCAACCCUGCCCCCUGUGGCGUUAAAUGAACAGAUCUCAGUUGCAGAAGACUGUGCUGAACUAACUGCUGAUAACUGGAGUAUGGGACAUGGGAUGAAGGAUUCUGUAGAACAGAUGUUUGAGCCUGUAAAAUUGUUUGUGCCCAAAGACUCUUCAGACCAAAUGCAAAUAAAUUGUAAUGAAACCAAACAGCAAAACUCAACUAACAGUAGCCCAACCAAUGACCCAAAUAAAAAGUCUCCUAAUGUAGUAAAGGAGAAGAUUGGACAGAUCACUAUAUAUGACCUGAUCAGCAAUCGCACUGUCAAAAAAUGUCGGUCAGCCUCUACCCUUUUCAUGCAAGAAAUUCGACCCAAACUGUUGGCAGAGAACCCAAGGGCUAAUCUGCAAGAUGUCAGCAUGAAACUUGAAGAGAUGUGGAAAAACCUGAAUGAGGAUGAGAAAAAAAAGUAUGAAGAUAAAGCUGCAAAGGACCUAGACAGAUACAAUUCCCAGCUGAAGAAAGCAAUCGAAGAAAAUGUUCAUCGAGAAGAACCGAACCAACAAGAAUUGGCCCCAAAAAUUAAAGUUGAUAAGAAGCAAAAACACAACACACCACUUUCAAAUCAGCAAAUUUUGGAUAAACUUUUCCAGUCACAAAUCCAUAACAAAAAGAGUUUGGAGUCACCUUGUAAGACAAUAGAUGUUCCAUUUUCUUUAAACCAUUUAAAAAGACAACUUGCGAGACUUUCCAAAAGCCAUGAAUCAGGUGCUGAAAGACUUCGUCUCAUUAACUGCUUGACUUCUUACAAUGGAUGGAUUGUUGCCUCUGAAAGAAAGCUGAUGUUGCUAAAUCCUUUUCGGGUGGAGGAAGCUCUACUAUUUAAAAGGCUGAUGGAGAAUCAUAUAUUUCAGACAGAGGCCCUUGAUGCGCCAAUAGCUCUAACUAAUAGCCUGCUUGGUGGACCCCAGUACAUAGAUGGUCUCUGUAAUAUGCAAAAGGAAUACAAUACAUUGACUGGGAUAACUUAUUUUACAGAUCCUAGACUUGUAUGUAAUGGGUUUAAGAUACGACUAACACCAGGUGUUUCAACAGCAGAGCAUCAUUUGGAAAUUCAAGAAAUGACCAGGUGUUUACCUUUCUAUGGUAUAUCAGAUUUACGAGAAAUUCUGAAUGCAAUUUUAAGUAAAAAUGCCCAGAGUGUCUACCAAUGCAGACCUCUAAAGAUUGCAAAUUAUUUGGAGGGAGAAGCUGUCCGUCUGGCUCGGCAGUUACCUCUGCGUUUUUCAAGGGAAGACAUAGAAAACACAAUGUUCAGAAUGCAGCAACAUCUGGGAAAUGAUUGCAAUAAGUGCAUUCAUGAUCGUCCAUUUUUGCAUCAUUUAGCAAGUAUACCAGAAACUGACUGACUGGGCAUAAAACACAGCAAAGCUAACCAGUGUCAAUUGCUGCAACGGUAAAUGCAAUAAAUAAGUGAAGUGAUGGAAAACCUUUGAAUAUAAGCAAAAAAAACCAUGUGGAAGCUUUGGUACAUAAUUUUUCAAUGUUUGAUUUCAACAAAUUGUUUAAAAUUAUAAUUUUGUGUUCUAAAUAUUUCUUUAAAGGCAGAUUUUUUCAUUAUUUGCACUCUAUUUUUAAACUCUCAUUAUAGCGAUUAUAAUCCAUGUAAAAACAACAUGCAAUUCUGAUAGAAUAGGAAUGAUCAUUCAGAGCUCAGCACCUUUCACACUUUGUUGUGGUAUUUCAAACAGUAAGCCUGAAUAUGCUGAAGGCAAUAGAAUAUGUAAUAUCAGCAUACACGGUUCAUAGCUUUCAGCCUUUGUAUCCUUAACUUUUUGUUGAAAGUGGAAUAUAAAAAUUGAAAUAUUUGUAUUGUCUCACUCACUAUGCAUCAUUCCCUGAAAACCCAUCUGUUCCCGUGCCUUUAACAAUGUAACUCAGUAAAUCAGCAGCUGGGAAAAGGACAAGUGUGUCAUGGAUCAGUUCAUGUUUCGCACCCUAUCUUUUCCCUGUGGGAAACAAGUUACCCAAUGUACAAGCUGGAAUUGGUAAUUUCCAUCCUGGAGAUUUUUGCCUUUAAGCCUUUGUUUACAUUCUUACAUGAGUAUGGAUAUUGUAUCUUCAAAAC